AUUUAAUGUUAAUCGUAAUGAUACAUGUAAACCGAGGUCCAUCCAUAUUUUUCGCAUAUAAAUACAUAAAGGUGUUACAUUGGUACAGUAAUUGAAAAGUCGUGUUAAAGAUUACAGAAAAAAAAAUGAAGUUAGCUUUAGUUUGUUGUGUGAUCUUCUUAGUAGCUCUAGCUUCUGCUAGACCCGAGGGCGAUAAAUACACCACCAAAUAUGACAAUAUUGAUUUGGACAAUAUUAUUAAAAGUGAUAGAUUGCUGAGAAGUUACGUCGAUUGCCUUUUAAACAGGAAAACGUGUACCAAAGAAGGAGAAGCUUUAAAAGAAAUACUUCCUGACGCAUUGAAGACCAAAUGCGAAAAAUGUAGCGAGAAACAGAAAAGUGGGGCCAAGAAACUGAUCAGAUUCAUGUUGAAGGAGAGGAGGAACAUGUGGGAUGAACUUGAGGCAGUUUAUGAUCCCGAAGGCAUUUACAGGAAAACCUACGAAAAAGAACUAAAAGAAGAAGGCAUUGAAGUUUAAGUUAAUUUUAUUUAAUUUUACCUGCCAUUAAAAUGAUAUUUGUAUUUAGACAAUAAUUGAAAAUAAAUAUAUUAUAAUUAAUUA